CUGCUUUUACCGGAAGUUGCUUAGUGUUGCCAGCAACUGUUGCUAGCUGCACACAGGCAGUAGUAGUAAUGGCAGUGAACCCUUCUCGAGUGUUUGCGGCUGUAAUCCCGGUUGGGGAUGUUUACAGGGAUGAAAACGAUGGGAUGAUUCGGACCGUUCAGAGGAAUAGUGAACAAACACCGACACGUGAGGUUCAGGUAACCGGCAACGCAGAGCUUUCCUCUGGCCCAAACAGAGCUCGGCUGUGCCUGCAGGUCAGCAGCAGAAAAGAUUCGGUAACCGAGGCAAAGAAUAGCGUCUCCAGAAGACUAGAAUACAUUCUUCAAUCACUUAGACAACAAGGAGUAAAGGAGGAAAAUGUUACUGUAACCAAAGAUAUUCGAAGAGCUGAAAAUGCUUACUACAUGGAAGCAGAGGUCUGUGUUACUUUAUCUGACUUUGUAAAGAUGCAGAACAUUAGCAACUUACUGGUUGAAAAGCUUGAUAGCUCGGUCACUGUCAGUGCUCCUCAAUUUUAUCACACUACAGAGAAUCUAGAAAACAUCAGGCGUCAGGUUUGCAUUGUUGCUGUGGGGAAUGCUCGACACAAAGCGAAGGAGGUUUGUCGUCUGGUUGGGCAGUCUUUAGGGAGACCUUUAGUUAUAAAGGAAGAGGAAACCAAAGAAUGGGAGGGUCAGUCUGAAGAGACAGAAAACCAGUCAGGAGGUUCCAGUCAACCGACUAUAAACCAGAAAAUAAAGAAUGCAACUGUAUUUGUUUCGUCAAGAGUCUUUGCUUCAUUUGAGAUAAAGGCAAAAGGAAAGAAGAACUGUUAGUUUACACGCUACUUUAAAUAAGUGUUUUAUAACUCCACUUACUGGUAAAAUAAAUAUCCAUAUGACAAGAACAAAUGUAUAUUUAUAAAUAUAGUAUUUUUGUACAAACAGUAUCUAAACCCAAACUUUUAUUAAAAUGUACUUUUAUGUAAUAAAUGCACAAAUUUGGAACCUCCAGUGUUGUUGAUUUUUUUGUGUUAUAAUAGUAUUAUUCAUUUAACUGAAAAGGAGUUGAGAUGUGUUAAAUCCAAUUUUACAGCCAUUUAAAAUUCAGUAAGAAAAUUAAUUUAAUAUACAGUUAAUAUUGUGCAAUUUGUACUGUCUUUGGUUUAAGCUUGAAGGAUAAGUUGGAACCUUGGGCAGCAUUAUGUUUGGUACCUCUCUAAUGAAGUAAGACAUUGUUUUUAGUUGCCCUAAUUUACCUUAACAAUAUCUUAUUUAGCUACCUACAGAAAAAUAUAUUGGUUAAAAUGUAACCAAAAGAGUUUGGGAUCUUAGCUCCAGAUUAUCCCAAGAGAAUGUUUUCAGUUACAACACUUUGCAUCAUCUUUAUAAAUUUCUUUAGUUUCUAUAUAGAUUAUAGGGCAGAAAAGUAUCUCGGUCUGAAAUAAAAUGGCAUUCUUACUCCCAGGUUUGUAUUACACAAUUAUGCAAUUAAAAAUAAGUUACUAGUUCUUGUACAUGUCAUAGGUGUGACAGCUUUUUGUUCUUGUAAUAUAGAAUGAAAUUAACCUCCACAUAGUUUGUUACAAGUAAAUAAUGGGGUAAAUUAAUAUUACUAUAUGCAGACACAUUAAACGAUUGUUAAAAAAAAAAAAAAUCAACUUUCGAGCAUUAAUAUACAUUGCACUGGCAGAUAAUUAACAUUUCUUCAAAUGAAGGGUAAAUAUUACAAUUUCCAGUAGGAAUUCAAACUGCAAGAUAUUACAUAAAGGGGACAGUUGACCAUUGUUUAUCCAAUCCUACCCCAAAUCUAAACCGUGACCUUUAUAGGUAUGACAAUAGCGGUUUGAGGGUUUCCAUUCAGUCAUUGAGAUAUUGUUACCACAAGCAAAACCUCCAAGAUGGCUGCCAGGCAGUCAUUAUGAAUCAGAAGCUAAGAAUAUUACACUCUGUGCACUAUUUAAAGUUUGUCAAACAAAAACUAAUUCAUUUUGUGCAGCAGACACAAAUGUGAGUGAUGCAAAUAUGCACCCCCACUGAAUGCUUGCAAAUAUCUUUAUUUUAUAGCCUUUGUGAAUAGGACCUUGUAUACUAUUUUGUCUUCCAAAAAUAUUUUAAUGAAACAGUAAGUUUAUACUGGCUUGCUGGACAGUGGUAGAAAAAAGGUCAACAUAAUGCAGUUAUAGUUGUCUUAAUUUUUUGACCAAAAAAAAAAAAAUGCAUAGCAAAAUAAUGCCAGAACAGAUUCUGCAAUCUUAGUUUGUUGUUAAAAAUAGCAAUGUGCUUUUUAUCACAAUUCAUGCACAAGGUAUCAGUAGUCUUGUAAUCCCUGGAGACAAUUUUCUGGCUUAAUCUUUCCAUUCCUUUUGUUCAUUAAAAAGGGAUUUCAAAAGGUCCUUUUUAUUUUAACAAAGUAGUCAAUGCAGUUUGCCCCAUGCAGAUACCUGUUUGAAGUGAUCUGAUUGCAGCA